AUGUCCACCAAGACCAAGUCCGCUGGCAAGCAGCGCAGCGCCAUCUCCGACGUUGUCGCGCGCGAGUACACCAUCCACCUCCACAAGCGUGUCCACGGCGUCUCCUUCAAGAAGCGGGCCCCCCGCGCCAUCAAGGAGAUCCGCGCCUUCGCCACGCAGGCCAUGGGCACCUCGGACGUCCGCCUCGACCCGCAGCUGAACAAGAAGGUGUGGGAGUCGGGCAUCAAGGGCGUGCCGUUCCGCCUGCGCGUGCGCAUCAGCCGCAAGCGCAACGACGAGGAGGGCGCCAAGGAGAAGCUGUACUCGUACGUCCAGGCCGUCAACGUCAAGAACCCCAAGGGCCUCAACACCACCGUCGUCGAGGACGCUUAG